CACUUCUUGGGAUGCGUCGCAUAGUUUGACAUGUAAUCGACAUACUGAAAUAUUAGCAUCGUUUGAGCGCAGUAUUCACAGAAUUGAUCACAUUUUCAUGUGCCCAUUUUUCACAAAUAUUAGAGGAUUUGUGUCAAACAAAUGCCUGCAGCUCCUUGAUGCUGAACAUAUAAGAAUGAAGUCCUACGGCCGAUGCGAUUGCUUGUUGAGAGAGACUCAUGGACUGCCUUGCGGUUGUGAACUUGCAGGUUAUGAAAGAAUUCCAUAUGAGGCAAUUCAUCCAUUCUGGAAGAGACUGAGUUGGGAGCAUGUACCUGAACCUGUUGCAGAUACUAUCAGCAACCAUAUUUGCGGCAUGAACCAUGGAGAUAUGCAACCAGAAGUUGAGGCAUUGACACAUUAUUUCAGUUCUUUGGAUACUGGAGGGCAGAGUAUGGUAAGGAGGAAGCUUCAAGCUAUCUAUUGUCCUGAAAGUAGUUCACUUUGUACUCCUGAGGUUCAGAUAAGGUCCAAGCGCACUCUUAAGGCGAACGAAAGAAAACCACCCAAGGUUAAAGCAAUAGGAUCCUUGACUCGUGAUCCUUCAGGUUUUGAACAUGUUGAUAGGGAGAUCAAAGAGGCAAAGAAGGCUUCGCAACCACCAAAGAAGAAGAAGCGUGUGAAGAAGUCUGAUACAAGCUAUUUCAUGGGUCAUUUUCCAUCCUUUUUCCACCCAUAUAUACACACAGUUCAGAAUGUUGAGGAUGAUGGUAACUGUGGCUAUAGAGCCAUUGCUGCAUUACUGGGACUACCAUCAGGUGAGGAAGGUUGGUCAUGGGAAGAAAACCUUGCUGCCAAAGAUAAGGAGAUUGCCGAUCUGCGCGAGAGGCUGGCAGCCAAAGGUAAGUUACUUGCUGAGGCCCAGUCAGAUUUGGAAUCGAAAUGCAAACUUUUGGCCGAGAAGGAUGCCCAGGCCAUCGCCCUGGAAGAGCAGAUAAGGAGAGAAGCUGCUUUCGCGACAGCCAACGAACGUAUCUGCGGCUUCCUAAUUUGCAAAGCUAAGGUCAAGCACCUCCAUCCGAAUGUUGACAUUGAACCCCUGGGAGUUUUUAAGAAGGUCACACCCACCGGUCUGGUGGGUCGGGAAGAUCCGCCGGAAGUUGCUCUCGUUGACCUUGGAGACGCUGUGGAAUAA